AUGCCUAGUACUAAGAACAUUGAGUUCCAAACUCGAGAUGACCAUAUCUUGAGAGGACCACUGACACUAAUGGAAAAGCCAAACGCGCCGCUGGGGAUCUUGCUAUCUCCGUCUGGCGUUAUAAGCGCACAUUUAAUGGAUGUCCAAGCAAAAGUCUUCAACGAUGCUGGAUUUGCUACACUAACCUACGACCCUCGAACAUUCGGGCAAAGUGAUGGACUGCCAAGGCACAAUAUUAACUUUGACAAGCAGUCAGAGGACGUUUUUGAUGCUGUUACAUAUGUCACAUCUUUAGCUCCGCAGAUAGACAUAACUCGUAUCGCUCUUCUUGGCGGUGGACAUGGCGGAGAUAAACAACAAUAUGUCCAGUUAUUUCCAUCCCCUAGUGAAGAAGCUGCUGCAAACCCGCAAAAAGCACUGCUCGGAGGACCUGCGCUUUCCGGAUUCUACAGCUCUAUUCAGAUGCUCGCUGACGGGAAAAAUUGUAACUGGGAAAACAAAGUAACACUGGAAAGCGCCUACUACAAUUUUAUCAACGAAUUCCAAGCAUACUUACCGAGAGUGUCGCCUACCCCUCUGUUAUGUAAGGAUAUCGAGGUAAAGUUUUUGCAGAAGUAUGUGACGUGA